UGAAAAUCGUUAUAUAAUUGUAGCAACAGAAUAUUUAACAAAAUGGCCAGAAGCAAGGGCCAUAAAAGAUAUACAAGCAAACACAGUUGCUCAAUUUAUAUAUGAAGACAUAAUUUGUAGACACGGAGCACCAAAAGUAUUAUUGUCUGAUAGAGGAACAUCAUUUGUGAAUAGUGUUGUUAAAGCAUUGUGCGAUACAAUGAAAACGGCUCAUGUUCUCACUACAGCAUAUCACCCACAGACAAAUGGAUUAACAGAGAGAUUCAAUAAAACAUUGUGUGAAACAUUAGCAAAAUACGUAAUACAAAAUGAAAAUUUAGAAUGGGAUCAAUUUGUACCAUCUGCAUUAUUUGCAUAUCGAACAAAAAUUCAAAAAUCAACUAAGUUCUCACCGUUCUUCCUUUUAUAUGGAAGAAAUGAAGAAACACCCUUGACAAGAAAGAGUAACCCAGAAGAAGACGAUUUUGAAUGGGACCUAGAGGAACACAUAAAAUUGAUUACUGAACG